AUGUCUCUCCACGGCGACUCACAGGCAGGAACCCUCACUCGAGCCUCUCUCCAGAAAUGCCUCGUCCUCGUCGACAUCAACGUCGAAGACAAGAACGGCUUCACCCCCCUCGCCCUCGCCGUAAAGAACGGACAUCCCAGCGUCGUCAAGCUACUCCUGCAGAGCGGUGCUACAGCCGACAAACCCGUCCGCGAUGGCCGCACCCCUUUAUACCUCGCGGCCAACGCAAAGCAGAACAGACCACGCAUCGUCCAGCUGCUGCUAGACCAAAGCCCAAAGCCCGAUGUUGACGCGGCCAGUCCCGAGUGGAGCAAUGAGACGCCGCUGAUGGUGGCCAUUACCCAGGGACGAGACCCUGAGGUUGUUCGACUGCUCGUUGAUGCUGGGGCGUCGUUGACCAAGACAAAUGAUCGUGGGGAGACGGCGGUCUCGCUUGCAGACCAGACCACCAAUACCGCUAUCAAGAAUGCACUUGUCCCGAAGGGUCAGCAGAGCAGCAUUGGCUCUGCGCUGGCCCAGCUUCUUGUCAGCGCGCUCCUGUUUGCUCUGGCCUACGCGGACAAGUGGCCCGGCGUGAAGGAGAUUAUUCAGAACGUCAUCAGGUCUGCGUAUAACCAGGCGAACCAUACUCCUGCUGGGUCGAAGCCAGCACCGGGAACGGACGUCCAAGACCCCCAAACUGUCGAGGACUUCAAGCACAACAUCAGCAACAUAAUCCAGGAUAGCGGGCUGGACGACUUCUUCGCGCCCGGCGAUCCGCACGUACAGGAGAUUGCCGAGAAGGCUGCUGUCUUGAAGAAAGAUGUGGCGAACCCGUUGAGCAGCCCGCCCAUGAUCAUGAAGCUCGCCCGCAUUGCGCUGUACCAACCAGUGCUGUACAUUGACGACAGCGGUUCGAUGGCCGACGACAACCGAAUGGACCGCGCAAGGGCUCUGGUGACGCUGAUGACGGAUGUUGCUACUACGCUUGUGGGCGACAACAAGGGCAUCCAUCUCCGGUUUAUCAACAAAGACGACUCGACUGCGAAUAACCUGCGGGCACCGGGUGUAGAGCAACGCAUGACCUUUACCCCGGAGGGAUGGACGGAGAUCGGGACCAACUUGAGGAAGAAGAUCUUGCAGCCCAUGGUCUACGAUGUUAUUAACAGAGAUGUCUUGCAGCGUCCCGUGUUGGUGUUAACGAUUACGGACGGUGUUCCGUCCAAAGAGAACUCGAAUGAGUUCCGAAAGGCAAUUGUCGAGUCUAAGAAGGAGCUCAAGGCGAAGAACUAUCAGAAACAGGCUGUCCUCUUCGAUUUGAGCCAGGUCGGCAAUGACCCUGAGGCAGUCGCUUUUAUCGAGAGCUUCGAAGGAGACAGUGCUACAUCUGAUGUGCUGCAUAGGACUGCUGAACACACGGACGCGCUGUUCGAUGAACUGAGAGAGGCUGGGAAGGAAGAUAAGCUUAGGCAAUGGCUGCUCAACAAGCUGGCAACGCCCGUCACGUUCAAGCCUUGA